GGCCCAGCCCACAGCGCCGCGGGUGGUGGCGGACAUGGCGCUCCGAACCUGCCCCAGGCAACGCCCCGCUAGGCGGGGCACGGCGCCGCUCCGCCUCCAGCGCAGCGUGACCUUCGGGACAUGGCGGCGGCGGCGGCGCGCGGGGCCGUGACGGGGAUCCUGAGGCGCUGGGCCCCCUGGGCCGCCCGCCGCCCGCUCUCCGGCCUCGCCGCCCGCUGCGCCGGGGGAGCGCGGGCACCGGCAGCGGCACCGCUCUGGAAACCGCGGCUGUCCCCGGGGAGCCCGCCCAGGGGAGGCACCUCGUCGCUCCUCAGCAGUGUCACACCUCUACUUCCAAGUAUACUUCAGCAGCCAGCAAGGACUCUCACUUACUGUAGCUUGCGGAAAGGAAAGAAGAAAACAGUGAAAUCCGUCAUCGAUAGGUUUCUCCGGCUGCACAACGGCCUUUGGGUUAGGAGAAAGGCUGGUUAUAAGAAGAAACUGUGGAAGAAGUCAGCUGCCCAGAAGAAGCGUUUGCGAGAGCUGACAUUGUGCACUAGAACACAAUGUAAACUCCUUGAUAAAAUGACCACUUCUUUCUGGAAAAGAAGAAAUUGGUAUGUUGAUGACCCCUACCAGAAGUACCACGACCGCACGAAUCUUCGUGUGUAGAAAUCUUGGAUUCAUUUUUGCAUCCCGCUAGGAAAGAGGUGGUGGUACAUAUGGUAUGGUCUUAAUAAAUAUGUAACACCUGUUACUUUUUCUAAAUAAACAUAUGCAUAUCGUCUGAUCAGAAUUAUGGGUAUCGAUGCCCAAAAUAAAGGAACAUUCAAGAUUA